CCAUAAUUUUGUUUUUAAGCAAUUUAUUUAGAAUUAAACAUGUCAAGUAGCACAAAAUCAAAUGAAUUGGAGUCAAAUCCGGCGCCUGAUCCGCAAGCACCUAUAACACGCAAAGGAUUUCUCAUAUCAUUGAAGAACAGCGGAACUCCCAUGCCCAUACCAGAACAGAAUGUGUAUGGACGUUGCCGGCCGGUCUCUGAGUUUGAAAAGCUGAACCGCGUGGGUGAAGGCAGUUACGGCAUUGUUUAUCGAGCUCGUGAUACACGGAACGGCGAAAUUGUUGCUUUAAAGAAGGUGCGCAUGGACCAGGAGAAGGAUGGCUUGCCUGUUAGUGGACUGCGGGAAAUUAUGAUACUCAAACAAUGUCAGCAUGAGAAUAUUGUGCGUCUGCGAGAAGUUGUUGUGGGCAAAAGCCUAGACAGCAUAUUUUUAGUUAUGGAUUUUUGUGAGCAGGAUCUGGCAUCAGUACUAGACAACAUGUCACAACCGUUUACUGAAUCAGAGGUUAAAUGCAUUACACUGCAGAUUCUGCGCGCCUUGAAAUAUAUGCAUGCUCACUAUAUAAUACACCGAGAUCUGAAAGUAUCCAAUCUGUUAAUGACAGAUAAGGGCUGCAUCAAAGUGGCUGAUUUUGGUUUGGCGCGUUUGUAUAGCAAGCCAGCCAAGCCUAUGACGCCACAAAUGGUUACACUCUGGUACCGUGCGCCUGAGCUCUUGCUUGGAGCCAAGACGCACACCGCCGCCGUGGAUAUGUGGGCAUUCGGAUGCAUUUUGGGCGAAUUGCUGAUGGGAAAGCCACUGUUGCCGGGCAAGUCAGAGAUUGCGCAACUUGACAUGAUUAUUGAUUUGCUUGGCGCACCUUCGGAAUCCAUAUGGCCUGGUUUUCAAGAACUGCCUGCGGUACAGAACUUUACGCUCAGUCAACAGCCGUAUAACAAUCUUAAAUCAAAAUUUCAUAUGCUGGGUCCAGCGGGAAAAAGCCUGCUAAACAUUUUGUUUAUUUAUAAUCCCAGCACACGAGCCACUGCCGAAGAGUGCCUUAAUAGCAAAUAUUUUACGGAAGCGCCCCAGCCAUGUGAUCCUCGCAUGAUGCCAACGUUUCCUCAACAUCGCAAUAAUGCAUCCGCACAGCCAACGCAAUCACAGUCCCAGUCGGAUAUACCCAUUUCUCAAAUACUGGAUGUGUUUAUUAAAAGAAAGCGUCUACAAUAAAGUUAGUAAAACCUUUUAAAACAGCCGCAACCCUAAUUUGAUCGAAAAAUAUCGAUUUAAUGUCUAGCCCUUUACUGCUUCA